AGCGACCUCGUCGCCAGGCGCUAGCGAAAAGACACGUUUGGAUCUUAGUUGAGCUCGUUCGUUCCGAGUUGAGACUCGCUCUGCGCACACGAAAACAGGAGAGAGAAAAGGCGGAAGGAAAGUCAGCGAGAGCGCGGUGGCACACAAGUGUACACCUUAGAUUAUUGGUGGUGUUUGGUGUACUGCAGGAAAACGAACGAGAGAAGACGGAGUCUGUGCUAAGGAGGGUGGAAGACUGGAGGUGUGGUCCAUAUUUUCAAAAGUGAGUUCGGAGUCCCGACUGUCCCGAGACGUACCUAACUAUACACACGCACCCCCGCUGUCCCAGCUUCCAAAUAGCAGAGUGUAGAGCGAGAGGAGACUGCAGAGGGGGAGAGAGAGAGCCGUCAUAUCAGCGAAACAAAAUCUGAAAAGGCGGAGGAGGUGGGAUUCAAAGCAGAGGGGCAGGCAGUAGCACCAGCAGUCCAGCAGAGCAGUAGAGCGGGACUUCUUGCUUUAACGGGACUGUACACAUACGCCAAGUACUCUUCGCGCGUGGGUGGUAAAAGUUAGAGGUGCGUGUGCGUGUUGCGGAGCAGCAGCAACAACCAGCAGCCAGGAUGUCGGACAACAAUCCGGAGACCUCCGCCGACCGCAACGUCGAGAUCUGGAAGAUCAAGAAGCUCAUCAAGAGCUUGGAGAUGGCCAGGGGGAAUGGUACAAGUAUGAUUUCACUAAUCAUUCCGCCAAAAGAUCAAAUCUCCAGAGUCAGUAAAAUGUUGGCUGAUGAAUUUGGUACAGCAUCAAAUAUCAAGUCUCGAGUGAACAGACUAUCCGUCCUUGGUGCCAUCACAUCAGUACAACACAGACUAAAAUUAUAUACCAAAGUACCUCCAAAUGGCCUGGUUAUUUACUGUGGUACAAUUGUUACUGAAGAAGGGAAAGAAAAGAAAGUUAACAUUGAUUUUGAGCCAUUUAAACCUAUUAACACUUCACUUUAUCUCUGUGACAAUAAGUUUCACACCGAAGCGUUGACGGCGUUGCUGGCAGACGACAACAAAUUUGGUUUUAUUGUUAUGGAUGGUAAUGGUGCGCUUUUUGGUACUCUACAAGGAAACACACGAGAAGUUCUGCACAAAUUCACAGUUGAUUUACCGAAAAAACAUGGUAGAGGAGGUCAGUCCGCUCUUCGUUUUGCUCGAUUGCGAAUGGAAAAACGUCACAAUUACGUACGGAAAGUAGCUGAAGUGGCGACGCAGCUCUUUAUAUCCAAUGACAAACCUAACAUUGCUGGUUUGAUACUUGCUGGUAGUGCCGAUUUCAAAACGGAGCUUAGUCAAUCGGACAUGUUUGAUCCCAGAUUGCAAACUAAAGUUAUAAAACUAGUCGAUGUUUCGUAUGGUGGUGAAAAUGGAUUCAAUCAAGCAAUCGAAUUAGCUGCCGAAUCGCUGCAAAAUGUCAAGUUCAUCCAAGAAAAGAAACUUAUUGGCCGUUACUUUGAUGAGAUUUCUCAAGACACGGGAAAGUACUGUUUUGGCGUUGAAGAUACCCUGAGAGCUCUUGAAUUAGGUAGUGUAGAAACCUUAAUUUGUUGGGAGAAUCUCGACAUCCAGAGAUACGUGUUAAAGAAUCAUACGAGUAGUGAAGAAAAAGUCUUACAUCUAACGCCGGAACAGGAAAAAGACAAGUCACACUUCACAGACAAAGAGAGCGGGGUUGAGUUAGAAUUGGUGGAGUGUCAACCACUACUUGAGUGGCUUGCAAAUAACUACAAGAGUUUCGGUGCGACAUUAGAAAUUAUUACGGACAAGUCUCAAGAAGGAUCGCAAUUCGUUAGAGGCUUUGGGGGUAUUGGAGGUAUUUUACGGUACAAGGUGGACUUUCAGAGCAUGCAGUUGGAAGAGGCUGAGUUCGACAGCUUUGACUACGAUGAUUAUUAAAUUUAUUAGACUCCUGUUUGGAUAUUUUCUGGAAUAAGUAAACGCAGAAACGAUGACUAUCAUACAAGAGGAAACGGAAUAAAGAAGCAGCAACGCAUCAACAUACACACACGCCCUUUAAUAGUGGAAACCAAGAAACGCCGAAUAAAUAUAUUGAAACAAAUGCGCCAAACUCGUCUCUUUCUCUCCUUCUUUCUUCUAUCAAAGGAAAAAAGUGAAG